AUGCUGAGAGACGAAAUCGUCGGUUCCAAAAGCGCGAGGCACACCGCCACCACCGCCACCGUAUCUAAUAAAGUUCUCGUGGCGGUUAAAGCGGACAAGGUGAUCUCCAACACCGCGUUAGCAUGGGCGCUCACUCACAUCGUUCAUUCCAGUGACUCGAUCACUCUUCUCGCCGUUUAUUCUACUGAAAAUACUGGAAGACGUUUCUGGAAUUUCUCGAGACUUGCCGGAGAUUGUUCGAAUGGACGCGCGGGAAAGUCGCCGGAGCAGAUUUCUGAUAUCUCUGAGUCUUGUGCUCAGAUGGUUUUUCAGUUGCACAAUCACAUUGAGGUUAGGGUGAAGAUUAAGGUUGUCACGGGAUCUCCCAGUGGUGCUGUGGCAGCUGAAGCUAGAUGGAGUGGUUCCUCUUGGGUCAUACUGGACAAGAAACUAAAGCAAGAGGUAAAACAUUGCAUGGAUGAACUUAACUGUAGCAUUGUGGUGAUGAAUGGAUCACAGCCUAAAGUCCUCAGACUUAAUUUAGGAGGACCCUCCGAUGAACUCCAAACACCAUUUUUCUCUACUUCCUCUUCACCAGUAGAAAUUGGAAAGCUAAAUAGGCGCAGAUUGAAGCAUUCCACCCCAGUGGGUAGCCCUGAAUUAGCAGGCUCUUCUGUUACAACCAAUAUUGGAUUAGAUUCAGUGUCAAGCUCAGACUCAAUGACUUCUCCUUUCCUGGUAUAUAAAGAAAACCCGCUGUAUAAUGGCCAGGGACCACACAAAAGAACAAGCAAACCAAUCAACAAGCCAAAAGGUUUCAACUUCCAGCCACCAUUGUACUUUAAUUUGGAAAGAGAUAGCCCACCCCCUUCAAAGAAACUCCCAACAUCAUCUGUGGCUAAUGAUAACGACACUGAAAUUUGGAUCUCACAGAACCACAUUAACAACCAGAAGCUUCAAAGAGCUGAAAACAGAAUGAAUCAAAGAACUAAAUCUCCAAAUUCUAAAACUUUACUUGAGACUUUUUUACACUCGGAUCAAGAGAAGAGAACAAAUGAACUUGAGUUUAACAAAACUCAAAGUGUAAGUUGUGUUACCAUCUCAAGCAUUCGAGAUAGCCCUAUUCCGUUGGGUAGAAAUUCCUCUAUACCUCCCCCCUUGUGCUCACACUGUCAGAAUAUAGCGCCUGUAUUUGGAAACCCUCCUAGACGGUUUUCUUACAGAGAGAUAGAAGAAGCUACAGACAUGUUCUCAGAUUUAAAUUUUUUGGCUGAAGGUGGAUUUGGUGUGGUUCACAAAGGAAUACUGAAAGAUGGCCAGGUUGUUGCAGUUAAACAAUUAAAUUUUAGUGGCUCUCAUGCAGAUAUUGAUUUCAGCAGGGAAGUUCGGGUUUUGAGUUGUGCACAACAUAGGAAUGUUGUAUUACUGAUAGGAUUUUGCACAGAAAUCAAUGCGAGGAUAUUAGUCUAUGAGUACAUAUGUAAUGGAUCCUUAGACCUCUGCUUACAUGGCAACAAGAGUAUACCUUUGGACUGGAACUCACGCUUAAAGAUCGCAAUUGGAGUUGCACGAGGCUUGCGCUAUCUCCAUGAAGAUUGUAGAGUUGGUUGUAUAGUGCACAGAGACAUUUGCCCCAAAAAUAUCCUCUUAACUCAUGACUAUGAACCUCUGGUGGCUGAUUUCGGGCUUGCUAGAUGGCAAUCAGAAUGGAACAUAAAUACAGAAGAUCGUGUUGUGGGAACUUCAGGGUACAUUGCACCGGAGUAUCUUGUUGCUGGAAUUCGUACGUGUAAAGUAGAUGUAUAUGCAUUUGGAAUUGUUUUAUUAGAGUUAAUAACUGGUCAAAGAAUUCGUGAGUUGGAACAGUUCAAUAAACACUCGCAUCUUUCUGGAUGGUUUCACCCCUCACACAUGUUGGACCCCAAUCAUAUCUUACAAAAUGUUGGAUCUCUCAACCCAUGGUUGGAUUCUGAAGGGUCACUAGAAUUUAAUCUUCAAUUUCAAGCCAUGACACGAGCUGUGUCACUGUGUCUACUUCUGGACCCUGAUUCCAGACCCCCAAUAUCAAAGAUCCUCAAAGUGCUUGAAGAGGGCAAUGCAGUUCGUUCUUUGGGUUUAGACAUCAAUUCAGUUGGUAACAGAAGUGGUCAUUUAAGUGGUUUGAGUUCUCAUACUCCUCCUAAAGGUAAAAUAAGCCAUUGUCGUGCGUUAUCACAUUGA